AUGCUCAUUAGUCUAGGUUCAAACUGUGCGGAAAUUUUAGCGUCCAAGCGGUCUAAUGAGAUCGUGGCCGAGACUUCCAUUCCCACAGUCUCUAAUGUUCGCCAGGAUCUUACAGAGUUCCAGGAGAGACAUGCAAAACUUGUUCUCACAUCGGUGAAGGAAAUCUCUAAACUAAGAUACAUGAAUUCAGAGACAGUUUCUAAUCAUUCUCGACUCCUCACUAGCGCUCCGAUCUCUCUGUUUUUCACUUCUGCUUUCCUAUUAAUGGGGAGUAAUAAGGACACUGAAGAGACUACUGCCCAUGGAAAUGAGUGGGAGGUUGUAUCACUAAUUGCAUCUGCAUAUGCUGCUGCUCUUGGUUCAAAACAAGAGGAUGCAAAUGAUGAGCAUAAAGAUAGUGGGGAGUAUGAAGCUGAAACUUCCAGUGCAUUGUUUAUGUCUGGUCACUUUGUCUUUCUAUCAAGUCAGCAUGAGAAUUUGCCACUGAAACAAGAAAACAAUGAGAUUCUUACUGAAAAGGUGGUUAAAGAGGCUGAAUUUGUCUCUGCAGAAGAAUUUGAAGGUGAUGCAGUUUUGCAAGGGUUAAAUUUGGUGGAUAAGGAACCAAGUUUAUAUAGUGCUGCAACAUAUAGUUCCUUACAUAAUGAAGAGCACAUGCUUGGUUCAAUGGUCUUGGAUGAAAGUAGUGCAAGCAAUGAUCCAUUUGAGUCUCUUCAGCAGAUCUCUGAUUUAGAUAUAUUAGAGACAGUUUUGCUUGGCUUUUCUGCUACAUUUUACCUUCAUUUGCAAGGAUCAACUUGUAAGCGAAAAAGGUGA